GAAAAUAUCACCAGAAAAGCUUCAACCCCAGAUUCGUUAGGCGCAAAGUAUUUGCCCAAAUACCCCCUUUUCCCCAGACUGUACUCUGGCCCCCAAGACAAAGAUACCCUCAUUGGCAGUUUCAGAAGUCGGUGUCACGCUUGCAUACCUGCACGAGAGACCUUUCAGCUGCAUAAUGCAUUGUCGGUGAAGCCAAUCGUGGUCAGCGCGCAGACCGCACAACCUAUCCCAAGCGAACAGAUGUUCGACACGCUCAAUUGAGGCCCCUUCUCUCCCAACCCCUCCACCCACUGGACUUACCAAAUGCCCAACGUCUGAGGGGUUCGGGUUUGCGCGCACUCGAAUGGCGAAUUCAGAGUCCGCUGAUGGCGAGCGCAGGGUGCGGACGCGACGACGAUUGGAUGUGGGCGAAAGACACUACGAAUCGGGUGGUGGCAAGGGGCGAGAGCGUGAUCCAGCCGCUGAAGUGCGCAGAAUGAGAGUAGAUAGACUUGAGGGCAGCACCUCGACUCACAGAACUGCAUCGAAUUCGAAGAUGACCUCUGCAUCUCAGGCGACGCUCCCGAGCAUAAGAAGUACGACUAGUCAUAGGAGAAGGAGCCAUCGCCAUGGGAGUCCUGAGAGCAAGAGCCACAGCCGGCGGAAAUCUGCGCCGAAGGACGAACCUGCGGAGUAUGUCUAUCGUGCGCCUGAAGAGAAAAAGAGGUCCUCGCGCGUUAUAGUGACAGAGACCCGAAGACUGGGAAGGGAUGGAGAGUCAACUGACGAAGAGGAGCGUCAUGCCACACAAUCAGAUCCAGUGAAAGAGAAGAGGAAGGUAAAGGUCAUAUAUGUCUCAGCAGAGGAGGCGAAGGUUCUGAAGCAUCAGGAGAGAACUUCGAGGACAUCGAGAGAGUCAUCAGAGCGUCCGAGGCAUUCUGAAGAAUCGAUUCAUCGAAGUAGAUCUCACCGCUCUCGUCGAGAUUCCGUUGCUGAAGCACCGCCUUCACGACCGAAAAGGAGCGCUUCAACAAGAUACCCGCCAUCCAGUUCCCGACCAUUACCCAAGAGAAGCAGCACGACGAGUUCUAUACGCUCUGCCAAAGUGGCGCCAUCGAUUUCAAGUUCUACGCAUAGGCGGUCAAGCUUCCUAGGAAGUUGGUGGUUAACUCCAGCGCCACAGCAGCUUGAGCCAGAGAGGCUUGUUACGUGCUUGACCUGUCUAUCGGACGAUAUCCCACAAUCGAAAUCUGCAAAAUUAAAAUGUGGCCACCGCAUGUGCCAGUCAUGUCUGAAACGAAUUUUCAAGCUGUCGGUCAACGACCCUCAACAUAUGCCACCGAAGUGUUGUACCGAAGAUUUUAUACCGUUGAAACAUGUUGAGAAGAUAUUUGACAUGGAAUUCAAAAAGACAUGGAAUAGGAAAUUCGCAGAGUAUUCAACCAAGAACCGUAUAUAUUGUCCUGCCAGGCGGUGUGGCGAAUGGAUAAAGCCUAGCAAUAUUCAUAAGGAAGACGGGAAGAAAGUUGGAAAAUGUAGUCGCUGUAAGAUGAGGGUCUGCUGUCUGUGUAAUGGGAAGUGGCAUGGCACGAAGGACUGUCCGAAAGACGAAGAAACGAAUCGCCUCCUUGAAACGGCUAAAGAAGCGGGAUGGCAACGAUGCUAUAACUGUCGGACAAUGGUCGAGCUGAAGGAAGGCUGCAAUCACAUGACUUGUCGCUGCACAGCAGAGUUUUGCAUGAUAUGUGGCCUCAAGUGGAAGUCUUGCAACUGUCCCUGGUUCAACUACGAAGCGGUCGAAGCGGACCGACUUGACCAUAUGCAGGCGCCAGAGGACGUGGAGGGUGGACCUGACUUGCCAGAAAGACCUCGCCGACUUCGCAGACCGCGCCCACCAACUUACCAUGGCGACGUCGACGAGCGUCGACGUCAAGAGCGAGCGGAUGAGGAAUUCGCUCGCUGGCUUCAGCGAAUGGAUAUUGAUGGGGAAGACGAAGAGGAUUACCAAGGCGGUAUUGGUGGCAUCCAGGGCAUCGGAAACGGUGCCGGACAUUUCAUGAAUCAGGACUAUAUCCGAGAAGCACGCAACAUUUUGACCGGAAACUUCGACCAAGCAGCAGCAGCAGCAAACUACGUUACGGGCGUCGCAAACGCCCGAGGAGUACCGCCGCCUCCACCGCCGGGACCGCGAAGGAUGGCAGAACGAUAUCCGGUUCCUCCCCGAACCGGACGACUACCUUCUCCCCCACCGAUGCUGAGACGGCAUACGAUGCGGGAGCAGGUUUAUAACUCGCGGGCUCCGCCUGCAGAGAGAGCUGUGCCGAGGAGAACCAGAACGGACUAUGAAAGUGAGGCUGCGGUCCAUGCUCCUGUUGCGAGGGCUCCUCAACCGCCACCUCCCGCAAGACCCGAACCGACGCCCGCAGUUCUUGCGGGAUUGAGGGGUGCGAGAAGAGGAACGAACCGAGUCAACGCGUGGAGGACACACGUCUAUCCUAAUGCCACCCCUGAAGAGGGAGUCAUCUCCCCCUCAAGUGAGGAUUAUUAGAACAUUGGGGGAUGUUGGUCGUUUGAAUAUGGUUGAAAUGCGGCUGCUCUCUGACUGCGACAUUGAUCCGUUUACGAACAGGGUGGUGGAGCACAUCCACGGCUGGAGGGUGGCAGUUGAGUGCGCCGUCUUCGCAUCAUGAACUGUGUACCACUCUGGGAUGCCUUGAUCUCUCGGUUGAGCCGGGAGAGCUAAUUCAGGGGGUAUUUUGAUUCAGCCACCGGGCGCGGCGGUAUCAUGAUUCUUUACUUUCACAGAUACCCAUUUGCACAUGUAUAGCUAUGUAAUUACAACAAUUAACGACUCAUGAGCCCGUCUUCGCAGGCAAACUGGUC